UGCAGAGAAUAGCGGAUGAUGUCCCCACUAGGGGACCUUCUUAUCUAACAGGAGAAUUUUGUUCUCGCUGAACGAAUGUCUUUUUUUCCCCACACAGAGGUAUGAUCUGUUUCCACCAGCCCGUUUCCUGUUCCCGGAGGCCUUCCUCCUUGAAGCUGCUUGUUUACUCCGCUCCCUUCCCCCUCAACUUGGCUGAAGCUCCUACACUGGGGAAAUCUGGGCGUCUGACAGCCUGGAAGAUUUGCUUGCAUAAGAGCUCUCAGGGCAGCUGAGUUUGAGCAGAAAAAGCCUACACGAGAGGAGGACACAGGGUUCUGGUGAGUUUGGUGCAUGUGUGCAAAAUGCUCUUUUUCCAAAUUCAUUUAUUAGAGAGCUUGGCUCCGCUGGAGAGCUGUCCUUUCCCUGCAUCCUGACACAGCAGUCUCUAUUCCUGGACCUUGGAGAGCUGUUGGUAAACAUGCUCUGAGUCAAGCCGAUCAAAAAAAGCCCCCGUGGGCAGAACAGCCACAGUUUAGAGCCACCGAUCCCAGCAAUAAGGUCUUUCAUAUUAUGGAAAUGCAAUCUUUUCAUCCCAAAGGAAAGGAAGGAAGGUUAAAGAAGAAAGAGGACACGGGACUGACGCGCAGCCCCGGAUCUCCACCAUCGCCGGGGCUACCUCUUGGCGUUGAUGCAUUCUUUGGGAUGGGACUUGUCUCCGCCGUGCUGGUCGGAUGUUUCUACAUGCUUCUGCUUCAGAAGAUCACUAGAGUGACUUUAGCCGAUUUGGACCUUCAACGGGAUGGGUUUAUCAUCAAAAGCCAGAACGGAGAGACGAUCUUCAAGCUAACCUUCCAGUCAGGCCACCUGGACCUGGAAUCGUGCUCUGAGGAAGGGGAGGUUGUAGUUUGCACCAGGACCGACGAAAGGACCUUGAAUUUCGUCAUCAAGAGGGUCCAGCCUGAGCGUUCGAUUCAUUGCUAUCAUGUUGGCUGGGAAGAGUUUGUGGCGGAGGCGGUGGUGGAACACAAGAUCUUCUGGGCGGAUGCACGUUGGUACGGAGGCUAUGAGAUGAGCGCCCAGCACUGGCCACUCAAGCUACCAGGGAGUCAAGAACCCAUGCCUUUUGUGAGCAGCGAUGUGUAUUCUUUUAGGAACACCUUUGGGGGCAUCUUGGAGAGGUACUGGCUUUCUUCCAAAGCAUUAGCCAUCAAGAUUAAUGACUCCGUGCCCUUCCACCUGGGGUUCAAUGCCACCGAGAGGUCCCUCACCUUCCAAGCACGAUACAAGGACUCUCCUUAUGCACCUCCUCUUGGGCAGCAUCCUUUCCCAGAGCUGAGAUAUCAGAUCUGCCUGGCUCCAGACAUAACCUCUGUCCAUAAAUAUAUGGCCAAGAGCUUUUUCAAAAAACCUUUAAGAAUGCCUUCGGAAAAAAUGUUCAGGUUUCCAAUCUGGUCUACAUGGGCUGUGUAUAAAAAAGAGAUUGACCAACGUAAACUUCUGGAUUUCGCACAAACGAUUCGAAGGCACCAUUUCAAAUACAGCCACAUGGAGAUAGAUGACAUGUACGUGCAGAAUUACGGUGACUUUGAUUUUGACCCUGCAAAGUUUCCUCGCGUCACCGAAAUGUUUGAAAAACUUAAAGAGGAUGGGUUUGAUGUUACCCUUUGGAUACAUCCUUUCGUACACAAAGAUUCCAAAAACUUUCAGGUCGGAAUAGACAACCAGCUUUUUGUGAUGGAGCCGAUGGGAGCAUCUCCUGCCAUGGUCAAGUGGUGGAAUGGCAUUGGAGCUGUCCUGGACUUUACCAACCCGGCCACCAGGGUUUGGUUUCAGAGUCACCUCAUACAGCUCCGUUCCAAAUACGGCGUAUCAUCUUUCAAGUUUGAUGCCGGCGAAGCGUGUUACCUUCCGGAUCCCUCCAAGACCUUCCAGCCUUUAUUGGACCCCAGUUCCUGGUCGAAGCAUUAUGCAGAGAUGGCCAUUCCUUUUUAUGAGCUUGCAGAAGUCCGAGUCGGCUAUCGUUCCCAGCAUGUCCCUUGUUUCGUUCGUAUCAUCGACCGAGACUCCAUCUGGGGCCAUGAGCUUGGCCUGAAGUCCAUCAUACCUACGGUGUUGACUCUUAGUCUUUUGGGAUAUCCUUACAUAUUGCCAGAUAUGAUUGGUGGAAAUUUUCUCCCCAACAAGACAGAAGGUGCCACAGACCUGCCGGAGAAGGAGCUGUAUGUCCGCUGGCUGGAACUGGCGGCCUUCAUGCCCGCUAUGCAGUUCUCCAUCCCUCCUUGGUUUUAUGACAUGGAAGUCAUGGGAAUUGCGCAGAAGUUCCUACAGCUUCGCGAAUCCCUGGUUGCUCCCCUCUUGUUGCAACUGGCUGGGGAGUUCGCUGACAGCGGGGACCCCCUCAUACGGCCCAUCUGGUGGAUUUCUCCCAACGAUGAGGCGGCGCACACAAUAGAUUCCCAGUUUCUUAUUGGGGACACCCUGAUGGUGGCCCCCAUCUUGGAGAGGGGCAAGCGACAGCGAGACAUUUAUCUCCCCGCUGGAAAAUGGCGCACCUAUACAGGAGAGGUGUUUCAAAAGACGCCAGUCCUUCUCACGAAUUUCCCCGUUGACCUCAGUGAAGCCGCUUAUUUCUUCUUGGUUUCGUAACCUGCUUCAGGGCCAGGUAGAGGACUCCAGGACCUCCUCAUUGACCAUUGACAGGCCCAUUGGCUUAAUCUGCUUCCCUUUCAAUGAACCAUUUCCCCCACGUACAGCAAUUUUGCUAACGGCAAUAAACACUUGUCCCUGUGUAUAUCUGGCUUUUCAUUCUGCCAAGCCCAUACUUCUUAUCUUCGUCUUCCCAGAAAAGGAAGGAGAGUUAUCUCAUAAUUUCAGACCAAGUUAACCAACAGACACUCAGUAAACAUGGAGGAAGGCUAAAUGCCAAUAUCUUUCAAUGAGUGAGAAGGAUCCUGGCAGAUCAAAAGCGGAAUAUGAGCUAACAAUGC